UUCAGGUCUUCAGAGAGUCACUUCUGGGAAGUAGGAUCAUUCGACACCCACACACACAAACUCCAGAUACAGUCUCAGUACAAUACACACCUCAAAACUACAACAAAAGGAGAUUCAUGCUUCACUUCAAAUCCUUGAGACACAACCUGCAAGUUGAGUCAGUGACAAACAAACACACAUACAAACCUUUCCUGGGAUGAUGAUGGCUCGCUUGCGUCCCUCACUCCCUCACCUGUUGUCGCUGAGGCUGCUGGGUACCAGGGUGUCCAGGACAGCGGCGGUCAAGCAGCCUGAGCUUCUCUCAGAGACUCUGGCCUUUGAGGAGCCCGGUGCCUUCAGGGUGAAGAGGUUGGGUGAGCUGCUCCGUGCUCUGGGCAUCUUCACCCUCUGUUCCUUCCCGGUGCUUGUGAACAACUGUGGGAAGCUGAUGUCAGUGGGGCGCACCCUCCUGGGGAGGAGGGUGUUCUCCUUGCUGCUGCGGCCCACCGUGUACGCCCAGUUUGUGGCCGGUGAGAAUGAGAGUGAGAUCUCUCAAUCCAUGGAGAAGAUGAGCGUGCUGGGACUGAGGCCCAUGCUGGCGGUACCAAUCGAGGAGGAUCUGGGAGAGAGCACGGGCGAGAAGAGAUAUGACGACAACAUGGAGACCAUGUUGGAAUGUGUGCGGAUAUCACACAGCAAUGCCUGGAGCAAAGACCCGAUGAUGCAGCUGAAGAUCACAGCUCUGCUCAGCCCGGAGCUGUGUGUGAAACUCACAAACCUCAUCACCCAACAACCGUAUGACCUGAAUCUUCUUGUCAGAGCGAUGGAUGGAGAGCCAAUCAAAUUCCCUGGUUUAACUGAAAGCGAAGCUGCCCAUUUCCUCUGUGGCCUGCAGAGACUCAACAAAAUAGCAGAGGCAAGCGUAAACAAAGUCAGAGUCCUGGUUGAUGCAGAGUACACCUACAUGAAUCCCGCCCUCUCUCUUGUCACCACUGCGAUGAUGAAGAAGUUCAACAAAGAUAGUGCCUGGAUUUGGAACACAUAUCAGUGUUACCUCAAGGAGUCCAGGUCUCUCCUAUUAGAAGCUCUGCGGCUGUCAAACGAUGAGGGUUUCUGUCUGGGGGUCAAGCUGGUACGAGGAGCCUACAUGGACAAAGAGAGGAAGCUGGCAGAGAACGAGGGUCGUCUGGACCCCGUCCACCAGUGCUGGGAGGACACUAAUGACAGUUACAAUGGCUCACUGGAUGUGAUGCUGGAAGCCAUUUCGCAGAAACCUGAGCGAUACAGGAUCAUAGUCGCCACUCACAACGAGGAGUCUGUGAGAAGAGCCGCCAAACGAAUGGAAGAGUUGGGGAUGGACAAUGAUGGAGGCUCAAUGUGUUUCGGCCAGCUGCUGGGCAUGUGUGAUCACGUCUCCCUCACACUGGCAAAGGAGGGUUAUGCAGUAUACAAGUCCGUGCCAUACGGCUCAGUGGAUGACACGCUCCCCUACCUGGUGCGUCGGGCUCAGGAGAAUCGCACCGUAUUGCAGGGAAUUCGCAAAGAGAGGGACCUGCUGAGGCAAGAGCUCUACAGAAGACUGAGCCUAAGGGGAGGCAGCCAAUAGGCCACCUGCACAGUGGGAAACCCCUUCACGCCUUGAAUUAAAAAGAGUCUUGUCCAGAUUGUAUCUAGAUAACCUGAUUGAAUUUACAUCCGAUAUUAUUGCUCCAGUGUCCACAUUGAUAUCUAACUGAGAUCUGAUCGUUCUGUGUGAAAGGGCUUAGCAGAACCCAACGGCACUGCAUUUUGCAUCAGCCUCACGACAUUGCCGAUGAGAGGAGUUCCUGUACGCAACAAAUAUAGUACUGAUUGCUGCAGAAAGCUCCUGAGCCCAUCACUCAAAACUCAGAUUAAUGCCAAGUGUAAAGGGGGUCAAUGAAGAGGCAUUGGUGCUGAGCCACCGGACACACUCGUAAGGUUCGCAAUCAAGACAAUUAUUGCAGUUUACAUCCAUGUCUGUCCAAAAAUAAAAUUACAAAUUUGAAGAUUUCUGAGUUAUAACAUUAAAGAGAAUGAAUCAUAAACCUACGUACUGUAUAUACAACUCAGAAACAAAGCUUCUGGCCGUGGCUGUUACUGACACGAAGGCAAGAGAAUAGAAAAGUCUGAUGUUUGCUGGUUAUGGCCGAGUCUAACUGACCUCAUCCUUAACCUUUUGGUGGUUUAGGGAAUAUCACAAACUCUACUAGCUAAGGAAAAACCAAGAGGAACAAAUCCAAAGCACUCUGGGUCCUGAAUAUAAUAAAGUCUUAGUACACGGCCUACACCAAACGCAUUUUAACCUAAAGUGUCCGACUGGGUGUCUGCAGAUUUGAGAGAAUCAGACUUAAGGCCACAUUCACACCAAACUAGUGUAGAGUUUAGUGUGGGAUAAGAGGUUUACGUCAUCUUUUUCUUUCCUGCUUUGAAUUUAUAUUAAAAUAAAUACAACUGUCGUUUCAUUGUUGUAAUUGUUUAUUAGAUUUGUCAACAAUACUUGAA